CAGGUUGACUACCUUCCCUACUGCCUAAGUAACUGACAGCUCUCCUCUCUUUCUCCCAUCACUUCGGCACGGGCAUGGGUGUUGCCUCUCUCGAUGGCUAAAUCUGCUGUGUAUCAAACACCAAGAAGUUGUUGGCGCCUGCAGGCUCGAACUAGUCGCAGCGACCGACCUCGCAUUGGUUACCCGUUCGAGCACCCGAGUGUCCACCCCCGGGUUUGGACAUCCCCCCUAUUGUAACACGUCACUUUUUUUUAUUGGAAUAGCCCCUUUCAAAACCGAACAUGGUUUUCUGCGGGAAGCCGAGCAAGGGCUGCGGCGAAUGUCGAUCUCGAAAGAUCCGGUGCGACCAGGCCCGACCAACCUGCUCGCAAUGCGUCAAGGGGAACCGGGUAUGUCCCGGGUAUCGCGACGAACUGUCGCUCAUGUUCCGCGAUGAGAGCCAGCAAGUAGUGCGCAAGGCCAAGACCGGUGCGACGACGGCGACGACGACAACGGCCACCAGUCGCCGGGCCAAAAAGGCCGCCCAUCGCACGGCGUCCUCGACCGGGAGUACUAGUAGUCCCCAAUCGGGCAAAGGGGGUCCGGGGGGCCCGGUCUCGAUCUCAACUGCCAGUGACGUCUCCGAUUUUAAUAAUGAUGCCUCCUCCGAUCUGCAGCUGUCACCGACGACGGUGCAGCAGUUGACUCCACAGUCCCCCCGAAUUGACUUCCAGCCGUCUUACCAGUUCACCAAGGACGAGGCCGUCUGUUUCUUUCUGCGCUUCCAUGCCUGGCCGGGCGUGUUUCGCAUGUCCGACGCCUCGCCGGAGUUCUAUUCGAUUUCCGGGGGGUCGCCGAGUCAGCGCGCUAUGAAUGCUUGUGUCAUCUCGGUGGGGACCGCCAUGCUGUCGCGUCUCAGGCAGUCUGCGCAGCUGAAAAUCACCGCCGAGAAGGAGUACGGUCAUGCUUUGGGUCUGUUGACUUCGGCUGUCGCGGACGAGGAGGAGGCUAAGUCCAAUCCGACGCUCGCGGCAGUGUUAUUGCUGGCAAUUUUCGAGGUCAUCACGAGCAGGACUCUCCGAAGUAUUGAAAAGUGGACGAAUCAUAUUUACGGGGCUGCCGCUCUGCUGGAACUCCGGGGUGCUGAACAACUUCAGGAUGAGGACGGGCUAAAGCUCUUUGUCCAACUGAGGUUUCAAAUCAUCAUCAGUUGUUUACAGAAGGGCGCCCGUGUGCCCCAACCGGUCCUCGAAUGCUCAAAGCUCGCCAUGUUCCUCCGCCCACAGAUAGAGGCAUAUGGCGAUCGCCUGAUCAGCAUUGCAGGCCGACUGUCCAACCUCCGGGCAGACAUCAACGCCAAGAUCUUGACGGACCAGAAGGAAAUCUUGUCAACGGCGUAUACGAUUGAGGCGGAACUGAUGGCAUGGAUUGCCGCUCUCCCGCCCGAGUUUCUCUACACGACUAUUGAGGAUCCAUCCCCUGACCUGUUGGCCCAGAAGAUUGGCGGCGGUCCCCCUCCGUACAGCGGGCGGUAUCACAUCUACCGCGAUCUCUGGCUCUGUCACACCUGGAAUCAGUACCGGUGCGCCCGGAUCAUCGUCAGCGAGAUCAUCCUGGGCUGUCUCCGCCGGAUCGCCAUCAAUUCGAAGGCGGCAGCGGUGUCAAGUGAGCUCCAAAGCCACUGUGGUCGACUGCGCAGUACCACCCGACAGCUGGCCCUGGAUAUCUGCUGCAGCGUUCCAUUCCACUUCGGCGUCGGCAACGUGGCAACGAAGCCCCUCGGCAGCGUGCCCUUGGGCCAGAACUACAUCGGCGGCUUAAUCCUUCUGUGGCCGUUGAUCCUGGCCGGGGCCACCGAGAGCAAACACCAUCCUCUCCGCAACUGGGUGAUCGAGUGCCUUUACGUGAUCGGACACAGCAUGGGCAUCGACCAGGCUCUUCUUCUCAUUGACAUUCUGGAAACCGAAACGGGCGUGUUCGACGGAGUGCAGGUCGGCGAAGACGGUGUUUUCUUCCGCGAGUCGGGAGGGACAACCGAGGGGAACAAGGUUUUGACCGGGACCUGGGGUCCUUGAUUUUUCGUUCUCUGUUCUGAUUCUCUGUAUUGAUCUUUGCCUUGGACCUCUUGUGUAUGUGUAUAUUUGUUCAUGUCUG